GCGUUGGCGGAGUGAGGUGUAGGCUUGAUUUUUUUGUGCACCCCGGACUACCUAACUAGGGCCCUAAACUACAAGGGCCGAGCGCCGGCCGGCCUACAGGCAUCACAUUUUAGUUUUGCAGCUUGCAAGAUAAUCUUAUUAAGUUUGAUAUUGUUAUUUACUUUUAAUUUUAUCGUUAGAUUCAUAGGAAUAAGGAUAAUGGUGCUGACAAAUUUCAACGGUGCUGGUGUUGGAUUUGGAUUCGGCAUCGGUUGUGGCUUUGGCGUAGGUUGGGGCUUCGGAGGCACACCUUUGAAUGUCUUGGGUGUUGGUGUUGGUGGAGGUUGCGGGAUUGGACUCGGUCUUGGAUGGGGCUUUGGCACUGCCUUUGGAAGCCAGUAUCGGUCAUCCAAUCUCACAUUCCAGGGAAUAGAAUUUGGGCACAAGGAGCACGAUCAUGGUGGAGAAAUGAAAGGUUCGCCAAAUGGUACCCAGGAAGCUUGUACUUCACAAUAGUUUUCAUUUUUUGAGGUCUUCCCUAGCUUUUCUCAUGUUUGUAGUAGUAAAGAAAAGUGCUUAACUCAAUAUAUUAUUUUUCAUUUACAAAAGCAACAAGUUUAUUUAAAGAAACCAUUUGUUUUUAUUGGUCUCUGUAAUAUGCACUAAAGAUUUGUACCUUUUAGCUUGUAUUUGGAAACAACGUUAGUAAUAGCUUUCCUUUUUUGAA